GCCACACUGUCAUUGCCUUCUCCCCAACGAGUCAUUCACCGGGCCGAGUUACCAAUGUACCGAACCAUACCAAAACCCUGAGGAGCCAUCUCCAUCUAGCCUGCAACACUUUCUUCUUCCCGUUGCGCUCGGGACUCCGUCCAUUCGAUUCAACCAUGGCGGCUGGGAACAACGUGAAAGAUUUCUCGCCUCACGAGGUUUUCAAGGCACACCUCAAGCGACCUGCCGAGUCUAGUUCCUCAUCUUCAAGUUCAUCCACUGACCAGAGUUCUUCCGAAGAGGAUCAGGAGACAGUUUCUCACCGUCAUCGUAAACGGAUGCAGCAGAUGAUGAGUUUACUUGUUGCACCUGAAAUGCUAGCACUACUAUCACAACCGGGCGAGAGAAGAUAUAUAAGGCGUAAUCGAGAGGGAAGCCACCGACAGAUAUGGAGAGAUUACUUUGCGGAGGAUUGUACUUAUCCAGCUGACCAGUUUCGUAGACGAUACCGAAUGCGCAAAGAAUUGUUUCUUCGUAUUUUGAAGGAUGUUCAAGCGCAUGAUAAUUACUUUAUCCAAAAAAAGGAUUCUGCUGGACGUUUUGGGUGCUCUUCCAUACAGAAGGUGACAGCUGCAAUACGUAUACUGGCUUAUGGUUGUUCCAAAGAUCAAUGUGAUGAGUACUUAGAUAUUGGCAAGAGUACUGCAAUAGAGAGUUUGAACCGCUUCUGUGAUGUUGUCAUUAGGUUAUACGAGGGGCAAUACUUACGCAAACCAAAUGAACAUGAUAUUGCACGUCUGCUCACUGAAGGGGAGGAGAGAGGCUUCCCAGGUAUGCUUGGGUACUUAGAUUGUAUGCAUUGGGAAUGGAAAAACUGUCCCGUUAAAUGGCACAACCCAUACAAGAGUCCUCACCUUAAGCCAAACCUUAUAUUGGAGGCGGUUGCAUCUAAAGAUCUAUCAAUUUGGUAUUCUUUUGUUGGCAUGCUUUCACAUGACGAUGUGAAUGUCUUAGAUCAUUCCCCUCUCUUCGACACUUUCAUCCGUGGUAGAAUGCCUCCUGCUAAUUACGUUGUAAAUGGGCGUCAGUACACAAUGGGGUAUUGUCUGUCUGAUGGUAUGUAUCCUCAUUGGGCUACUCUGAUUCAAACCAUCUCACAGCCAACAACUGAAAAAGAGAGGCUUUUUGCUAAAAAACUAGAGGAUGCAAGGAUGGAUGUUGAACGAGCAUUUGGCGUGUUACAUACAAGAUGGGGUAUAACACAAGGACCUGUGCGUAAUUGGAAAAAGGAGGACUUUUGUAGGAUAAUGAAAACAUGCAUCAUACUACACAACAUGAUCAUUGAAGAUGAGCGCGACAUCAAUAUUGAAAGUUGGAUACCUCCACAAGACGAGACUAUCUCCUCUCCAGAAUACGCUCGAGACCCAGCUCUUCUGGUUGCGUGCAUGUCCUCUCGCCUUAGUAGAGUUCACAACGAAGGGACAAAUAUGACACUUAGAUUUGAUCUCAUAGAGCAUUUGUGGAGUCGCUUUGGUGAUCCAUUUCUUUGUAAUGUUGUAUGAUUUCAGUGUCUAAUGAUGACUUGAUUUCAGUAAUUUACGGUGGCUAUGGGCAAUGGGCAUAUCAAGUUUUUGUGAAUUUAAACUUGUUUGUGCUUUUAUGGUUAAGUAACUAGCAUUUAGUUUCAAAGAACUGUUCAACAGAUGUGGGAUUUCACUUGGAGUGGUUCACUUCCUUCCCCAAUUCCUCUUUUGUUAGAACAUAGACCCAGGUUCAUUCGAAA